AUGGGCAUCUCACUAACCUUACCAAACAGGACCCUCGACCCCCAACUCGGAAUCCCCACCGUGGCCGAAACGCUCGCCCACCCGGCCUUUCCGACAGCCAUCUGGAACCUGGAGCCGGACCGCAAGGGGUUGUGUCCCGUGGCGGAGGGGAGGGGAGGGCCGUUUGGGAUCAACUGGGAGGUUCACGGGGAUGGGCCCAUCAAGCUAGUCUUCAUCAUGGGCCUCGGCGGGCUUUUGACUGGCUGGCAGAGGCAGACGUAUCACUUUGGGCAUUUGAAUCGGGAGAGGUACUCGGUGCUGGUGUUUGACAACCGGGGGGUGGGGGGGAGUGGGAAGCCUCUGAUGAGGUAUUCUAGCAGGGAGAUGGCGAGGGAUGAGAAGAGAUGUUUGCAUGUUGUGGGAAUUUCGCUCGGGGGGAUGAUUGCGCAGGAGUUUGCGUGUUUAUACCCCGGGACCAUCUCGAGUUUGGGGCUGUGUUGCACGGCGACGGAGAUUAAGAAUUAUGAGUUGACUUGGUUGGAGAAUAUCAAGUCGAGGUUGGGGAUGUUGAUGCCCAAGAGUCCGGAUGAGAGUGUGGCUGGGGUGGCGAGGCAGAUUUUUGCGCAUGGGUGGCUGCCUUUGCCGGAUGAUGCGGAGGUGCCUGUUGCUGGGAAAGAUCCGAAAGUUUUGUCGCCUGCUACGUACUAC